ACCACCGAUCGCACAUCAUUCCAAGCCCUCCACUUCAAGCAAGCAUUUCUACACUCGACAAACUAUUCAUUAUUAUUCCUCUGCAUCAUCUCAAGACUCUAAAAGCCCAAGACGGUAUCAUUUCUGUCGUUAUUCUCUCCAAUGCUUUCGCCUGUCUGGCGGUGAUGUCAUGUCAUCUGUUCUCUCCUCUUGUUGCCAACCCAUCCCCUCAUCUCUCCUCGUGUCCAUCACAUUCCCCACGUCUUAACCUGUGAGCAGGUUGUCUGCUGCCGUUAUUGAAAUAAUGGAUCUUGAUUCAAACGGCAAUGCCUUGCCAUCCUUUCAUCCUAUCGAGGGGGGCUCAUCACCACCAUACCAGACCUCGAGCGAUCCGCUGCAUCACCAACCCCACCAGAUCGAUACGGCCCCUCGGACUUCCGAAUCCUUCCUCGUGCAGCUUCCCCCAGAGUUGCUCCAAGCAAUCCUUUCUUAUUUCUCCGCAUUUGAUCUCGCCCGGGUGUCGGCUACAUGUCGCAUCCUCGCCGAGCACGGUUCCAACGAUCUGCUGUGGGCCAGCCUGGUCAACGCACACCUACCCUUCAGAAUCCACGACCCCGGUCCAUUCAACUCUUUCCGUUCUCUCUAUGCUGCUCACCACCCCUACUGGUUCAUUCCGCGGAACAAGAUCUGGUUUUCUGAUACGGAACAUACGGGCAAUUUGAUACUGGCACGGUACGAUAACCGGAGAGGCGUCAUCGAGGCUUAUCGUGUCGUUGCCGAACGGCAAUCCCAUGAGUUUCAAAUCUGGGAUCAGAAUCCUGAUGUCAUCAUCAAUACCUUCCAUCCCAAGGCCAGCCUCUGGUUGGAUGACCCGGUUCUGCUUUUGAAGAACCACAACUCGUCUGGGGCGCCGGAUCGGUUGCGAUAUGUGUAUGGGGAAACCCGCAUGCCCAUGGCGGCUCUAGAGUCACAGCAUGUGUUCAAUUCGUUCUCGUUCUGUUCCAACGAGACGCCAUCGGACCUGGCCCUGACCGCAGAGCAACAGUGGCCGCCUCUGACGAUUCCCAGUCGCCAUCGAGUUUAUCGUGAUGUGGAUGGCGGCAGGUCGGAAUUGGAUAGGCCUCCCCGGAGUCUCGCACAGAUGUCCGAGUCGGCUUUUCGGAUCAGGCGAUGGGCGCAGAUGGGCAUGCCUAUCUUCAUGGCGGACGGUACAGAGGCGUUGUCUACGUAUGCAACUCUCGAUCCAGAAUUAUAUACGCCAACAAAGGAGAAGCCUUACCAAGGCAUAUGGGUCGGAGAUUAUUCGGCCCAUGGUUGUGAAUUUAUGCUUUUCAUGCAACGUGACCCUGAACCAGGUUCAAUCCAAUCCCACGAGGCUGGCGAGUCUGAAAAUGAUGAUGAAGAAGUUGUACCGCGGGGUAGUCUAGAGGCGAUUAAGCUCACCGGGGAUCCGAAUGUGCCCCGUGGUCAGAUAUCCUUUGUCGCUCAGGAUAUUGGACCAGGUGGCCUUGUUCGUGUGGCGGAUGAAGCCCUCUUUCAGGGAGCACGAAUGGUGCGUAGUCAAGGCCAUGUCGCAGGCCUUGGUUUCAGAGAUGACACCUUUAUAGAUUCUCAGCUCAUACUCAUAUCAACUGACUGUGUGGCUCAUUACUGGGAAGCCAUGGGCCAUAUUUCAUAUUUACGCCGUGUUGACAUUGACGCCCUCCUCCAGAGCUGAUAUUGACUGCACCUUUUUACUGGCGUCGACAAUUUCGUUUUGCAAACUGUUCUGGUACUGGUCCCCAUUAAUCUUCGCAUGUUUUGCAUUGGACUAUUCAUUUUAUGAAGAGAGAUGACGUCGGAACUUAAUGAUUGAAUGAAUGGAUGAUAUAGCUUAUGGGUGGCGGUGGGGUGUUAUCAGUCCCCUCGCUGAAGAGACGGAGUUGCAUUUUCAUAUAUUUGAU